AUGUCUCGUCCUCAAGAAGAUGGUAUUAUUCGUUUCGGUGAUCAUAUUUCACUCAAGCAUGUUACAACUGGUCGUUUCCUCUCUUCCAAGGGUGAUGAGCACUACGAAUCUGGUUCUCAACAACAAAAGGUCUUUGCCUUUGAGCAAAAUUUAGGCGAUGAAAGUACCUGGAUUGUCCUUCCUCCUCGCGAGACUGACGAGGAGCCCGGAUAUGAAGUCGGCUUCGAGGAUGAGAUCCGUCUCAAGCACAUUCCCACUCGUGCCAACUUGCACUCUCAUGAGGUUGAGAGCCCUGCUUCUGGUCAACAAGAAGUCAGCUGUUUCGGUAACGAUGAUGAGUCUGAUGAGAACGAUGUUUGGAAGGUUCUUCAAUUUGACGAAGAUGAUGAGCAAUAUGAUGAUUUCUGGCGCGUAAACCAACCUGUUAUCAUUCGUCAUGUUCAAACUGGCAAGCUCCUUCACUCUCAUGAUGUUGUUUUGGCUGGUGGCGAGAACGAAGUCUCUGCUUUUGAGGGCACUGACGACAAUGACAAAUGGGCCGUUUCUUUUGAUUAA